AUGCCGCCGAAGCUGGUCUCUGGCCCUGCGCCACGCGCUCUCCGACGUCGUCUACUACCUCCUACAACGCCCUCUCCGAUAAAACCACCUGUCUCCCGAGAACAAUACUUCGUCUCUCCUUCCCCGCGAACUCUGGCCCAGCCACGACCCGAUAUCCUACAUGGCCCGCAGUUGACCCGCGAGUCCCCGACACUUUUCUCGCAAACUGGUUUCCGGCCAUCUGUAUUGGAUCCUCUUGACGGGGGCUCGAAACGAGAUCAUGAACCUCCCGACGAGCGCAUCCUGAAGCUUGGAAAGACUCUCCGCAUCCUCUCGCCUCUCCUCCCCACCCUUCUCAUCAACCCGCUACCCCCGAACAUCCUCUCCCCAAGCAUAGCCCUGCACCUCUUCCCCUCCACGCACCCACAUCUCCCCACCGUCAAGGGCCGAACACUCUACCGCGCCGCGCUCUGGACCGUCCCAGUAGCAUGGAGCAGCUUCCCCCUACUGGGAAAUGUGAAGCUCCAAAUCCUCAGUGAGCGCAUUGUCCGCGCAGGAACGGUCCUCGAACCUGAACGACCGGAUAACGACCACGAUACCAGCGACGAGCGUCUCGUCGUGCGUUGGCGAACCGAGCCGCGGAGCGAAUCCACUUCCUCCAACUCGGAACAUUCCAGCACAUCGUUCACCGCCGCAUCUCCCACGCUACCAAGCGAUACCCAAGGCACCAACAAGAGUAAUGGCAGUCACCUCUCAUCUUCAAAAGCCGGGAUCAACAAAGGCCUUAGCGUCCUGCUGGGCGGGGAUGCCCCAAUCUUCAAGUUAAAGAAGGAAGAGCAGUUCACGGGCCUGUUUAUCUUCUCCUUCGACGAGGAAGGUCGCAUUGCGUCGCAUACGAUCGAGCACGCGGAUGAUGCGCGCGGAUGGAAUCGCACGCCCAAGUUCGUGACUCUGACUGAUUGGUUGAUCGGUAAGGCGAGAGGAUCGCUCGACCCUGCUGCAGAGCCGGGGCUAGCUAUGCAGGGCUGUCAUUGGCAGGAUGCGCAGGAGUACCUCGAUAGGGAUCGGUACCAUCAUGAACAACAUUAUUAUCCUCAUGGUCGGUGA